CUUCCGGUAGAAGUCUUUAGGACUAGUCAGGAGGACUCAGGAUUAGUUAUCCACUUGCCAGACCCCAGUCUGUCGUCAAGACAUAACAUCUGACUUUAGCUUUAUGAAGCUAUGCUGUUUAAAACAUACAGCAGAUGGGCUGCAUGAGAACACAAAUUGCCACUACAUAUUUAGUAUCCUGAUGUGUUAUUCAGACAACUUCCUAUAAGAACAAACCUUUAUGUCACUUCCUUAUUCUCAACAAUCUCAAGCAGCACUUAAGUCUCUUCGGGCACAUUUUCUGUUAGGCUCCAGAGAUGGAUUCGAUCUAUGAAAAUUCUAGUUUCAUUCUUUCAACAUUUACUUCUGAUGAAAAACCCUCUCAAUGCAAAGUCAUGGUGAAAAAGAUUGAGGAACUUACAGUCAACUACACCACAGUUAGAGAACAACUGUCCUUUUAUGAAGUCAUAAUGAAAAAGAUUGAGGAACUUACAGCCAACUACACCACAGUUAGAGAACAACUGUCCUUUUAUGAAGCUCAGUUUUGUAAGGUGAUCUUCACAUGUCAAGCGGAUUUGGCAGCUCGAAAGAUAUACCUCUUUAGUGUGGAUAAACUGAACUGGUCAAGAAGUCGUGAUUUCUGUGUUUCAAAAGGAACCGAUUUAGUCACCAUAACCAGCCAAUCAGAACAGGAUUUUCUGUUCUCUAAAAUUAAAGAGAUGCACUGGAUUGGUCUGAAUGAUCUGGAAACUGAAGGACACUGGGUUUGGGUGAAUAACCAAACUCUCAAUGAAACGGGAGUACAGUUUUGGUAUAAGAGGAUGAAUGAGAAAAGCGAACCUGAUAACUGGAAAGAAGAUGAUCCCAAUGGAGAACACUGUGCUAUUAUAAAACAUUUCAGUUGGUAUGAUGUUUCUUGCGAACAUAAGAGGAAUUUUAUCUGUGAAAAGAAAUAUUAAUUUACCUCCUUCACAAAAUAGAUUUUUUUGUUGUUUAAGCAGACAAAUCUAAGGAUAGUUUGCAGUAAGACUUGUGUAGCUCAUGCUACAACUAUUACUUCAGUUCUUCUGAACCCACAGAACAGGUGUUUGUCACAAACAGAGUGGAACUGAACUGAUGAUUAUCAUAUGAUUUUACAGUUUUACAACUUUUUUGCCUGUUUUUUGUAUUACUUUCUUCUUUUCUUCACUAAUGUAGUGUCCUUCCAAAGCUUUA